AUGGAAUUCACAAUUGAGCAUCCUAAGAAUCAUCACCCUCCAUCGAUCCUUCAGGGAGCCAACUAUCCACCUUUACGGUACAAAACUCUAGGCGAGAUUCUCGACGAACAGGCAGAAUUACGCGGUGACAACGAGGCUAUCAUAUGUCCUUCCAUCAAUUCGCGGUGGAGUUAUAACAAGUUACAGCGGGAGGCUUUACAGGUUGCUCAAGGCUUGUUUGCUUUUGGCAUCAGACCUGGUGAUAGAAUAGGAAUUUUGGCAGGGAACUGUGCUGAAUAUGUUGCCGUUUUCUUUGCUGCUGGUUACAUCGGCGCGAUCUUGGUGGUUCUGAAUAAUACGUACACUACACAGGAAGCUAUGAAUGCUUUGUCGCAUUCUGAUUGUCGGCUUCUAUUUACCGUACCAAAAAUUGGACGUAUGAGUCUACGUGGACUGGUUAAUGAGCUUGGUCCUCGGCCGCAAGAACAUGGAAGAUCAAAAACUUUAGAAAAUGUUGUCAUGUUAAGACAUGCACUUGGAGGUUUCAUGACUUACUCCAAUCUCAAAGACGAAGGAAGAAAACUUGGUCCAGAGCCUUUAGAACGCAUUGCUGUAUAUCCUGAUGAUACUUGUAAUCUUCAGUAUACAAGCGGUUCGACUGGGCAUCCCAAAGCUGCUAUGCUUACUCAUUUUAAUCUCAUCAAUAACGCAACCUCAAUCGGAGACCGUUUAGAUUUCACAGAAGAGGAUAUCCUCUGUUGUCCGCCUCCUCUGUUCCACUGUUUCGGUCUUGUGCUCGGUGUCCUUGCCGUCCUCACCCAUGGCGCAAAAAUUGUUCUUCCUGCAGAGACAUUUGACGCUACAGCAGUUCUGAAAGCAAUCUCAGAAGAAAACUGUACAGCGCUACAUGGAGUUCCUACUAUGUUUGAAGAGAUCUUGAGUCUACCAAGACCGGAAGGCUGGAAUUGUGAUGCUCUGAGAACAGGUAUUAUUGCAGGCGCUCCAGUACCAGUGCCUCUUAUGAGAAGACUUUUGAGUGAACUUGGAAUGAGUGAGUUUACCAGCAGUUACGGUCUCACAGAAGCCUCUCCAACCUGCUUCAAUGCCUUUACAGCUGACACAGUCGAUACUCGUCUCACAACUGUCGGUCGACUCCUGCCUCACCUCAAAGCUAAGAUCAUAGAUACGACUGGUGCGAUUGUCCCUCUGGGAUCUCGCGGCGAACUCUGCAUCGCUGGAUACUCACUGCAAAAGGGGUAUUGGAACAAUUCGGUGGAAACAGCAGAGGUGAUGAAACGUGAUGAGAACGGUAUUCUGUGGUUACAUACUGGUGACGAAGCGAGUUUCACCGAGGAUGGAGGAUGCACUAUCACUGGGAGGUUUAAGGAUAUUAUUAUUAGAGGUGGUGAGAAUAUUUAUCCCGUUGAAAUCGAAGCCAGACUAGGCCAACAUCCGCAAAUCAAUCGAGCGGUAGUUAUUGGAGUCAAGCAUCCUAAAUACGGAGAACUUGUUGGUGCAUUCUUACAGCACGUUGAUUCAUCGGUUUGUACGAGGACGAACCUAUCACUAGGAGACAUAAGAGAGUGGACUAGAAAGACACUGGGCAGACAUAAGGCUCCUGCUCACGUUUUCUGGUUUGGUGAAGAGGGUGUACCGGCCGAGGUUCCGCAGACGGGGAGUGGUAAGGUAAAGAAACCUGAUUUGAGAAUUUUGGCGGAGAAGGUUGUUGCGGCGAGAGCUGGAGCUGAUGAGUCUGUUAAGGCGAGACUUUGA